UAAAUAAUUAUCUUCCCACCUGCUCCACGCUUACGAUACACCCCAUUUUCCUGGGGCUGGGGAAACCGAAAGGGUUUCGGGUGAUAACAGCAAACUUUGUUUCCAACGAUGAGCGCAAAAACAUUGCCAGCCAUGCCAGUGUACGUGAGUGGGGAUCUCCGCACAACCACGAGUCGAGUUCAGUCCACCGAUAGACAUUCGCGCGAACGGAUCGUAAGUAGCAGUGGACCGGGUACCGCACGUUAGUCGUUAGUGUAUAGUGUAUGCAUCCUGACCGUGUGCGGACUACUACUGUAAAGUGAUCUUCCAAGCUGAAUUACACCAUUAGCGCUACAGAAGAUGGCGAUGCCGUGAGCGACAAGAACGCCACACCGCAGUUGCACCGUAGUUGCCCGAUCGUACUUAUCGAUUGCUAAACAGCACACCCCAAAAUGAGUAACCGAAGCGGUAUAGCUACACCAAGGAUGACACAUCUCACCGUACUGCUGCUGGUAUGCAGCAUUAGCCACCCGGUGCUAGGGUACGGCCAGGCGUCCCGGAAGCCACCACACAUCGUCAUUAUUACGGCGGACGAUAUGGGCUGGAACGAUGUCGGUUUCCACGGUUCCAACCAGAUAGCGACGCCGAACAUUGACGCGCUCGCGUACGACGGUAUCAUCCUGAACCGGCACUAUUCCGCACCGAUGUGUACCCCGUCCCGGGCAGCCUUGAUGACGGGCAGAAACCCGAUCAACGUUGGCAUGCAGCACUACGUGAUCGACAGCGAUGAGCCGUGGGGCCUCGGGCUUGAUCAGCGCAUUAUGCCGCAGUACUUCCGCGAGGCGGGCUACCGAACGCACAUGAUUGGCAAGUGGCACCUUGGAUUCUUUACCGAGCACUACAUACCGACGAACCGGGGGUUCGAUACGCACAUCGGGUACCUCGGGCCGUACGUGGACUAUUGGAGCUACGUGUCGAAAAUGAAUAGCGGUACGUUCCAGGGUUACGAUAUGCGUCAAAAUCGGUUCGUCAACUAUGCGGCCAACGGGACCUACGCGACGGAUUACUUCACAGCAGCCGCUAAGGACAUUAUCGCCCAGCACGGCAAGAGCGAACAACCGAUGCUGCUGGUACUGAAUCAUCUCGCACCGCACGCAGGAAACGAUGAUGAUCCACUGCAAGCGCCGCAGGAAACGAUCGACAAGUUUGACUACAUCCAAAAUCUCGAUCGUCGCACGUACGCAGCGAUGAUGUCGAAGCUGGACGACAGCGUUGGUGCGGUGUACGAAAGCUUGAAGGCUAACCGAAUGCUGGACAACUCGAUCAUUGUGUUUCUGAGCGAUAAUGGAGGUGUUACUCGGGGGAUGCACAGCAACACCGGGUCUAAUUAUCCGUUCCGGGGACAAAAACAUUCUCCCUGGGAAGGUGCAGUGCGUACCGCGGCACUUAUCUGGAGUCCGCUGCUGCAGGACACACAGCGUGUCUCCAACCAGUGGUUCCACAUCUCCGACUGGUUGCCAACGCUAGCGUCAGCCGCAGGAAUUACGGUGGGCAACAGCUCCCGUGCCGAUAUCGAUGGUAUCGACCAGUGGGAAGCACUGGCGUACGGAACGGGCAAUCCGAGACAAAGACUGAUGAACAAUCUGGAUGAAAUAUUCGGCUACACAAGCUACAUGGAGAACGGUUUCAAGUACAUCAACGGAACCACGCUGAACGGGUUAAACGACGAGUGGUACGGUGAAACGGACCCGCUCGAUAAACUGCCUGGGGACGAUGAGUAUGUCAGCAGCGUCCUGUCCACCACGAUCGCCCGUACGGGCAUGCUGGACGAAAAGCUGAUCUCGUACCUUCGGCGACACGCGAAAGUUAGCUGUGGCAAUGCGAUUCCCAGCACACAUUGCAACCCACUGGUAAGACCGUGCCUGUUCGACAUCAUCAACGAUCCCUGCGAAAUGCACAACAUUGCGGCCGAGCAUCCAAAGAAGCUGCGCGAAAUCAGACAACAUCUGGAGUACUAUCGAGCGCGGGCGGUAAAGCCACGCAACCGACCGCACGAUCCGGAAGCGGACCCUUCCAAAUUCGGUGGCGUAUGGAACUGGUGGCGUACCGAUCCGACCAAGCUGGCCAAACAGGACGACGACGUCGGCGACGACGACAACGAAAUGCCACCCCCGUCCCACUCGCUCGCCAAGGACACACAACUCUUUGAAAAAGCAGGACUCGUCGACAGCGCCCAGCGAGAUACCGACAGAUGCUUCGAGCCCGGACGGUAAAGGGACGGCCGACGCUGCCUUUAGCUCGAACAUUUACGUUAUUAGCGAUAGGGACCUGGACAGGUAAUCUGGCAUGGCGAAUUGGCUUUCGGUAAACGUGUUGUUUCGCUUUCCUUCGGAAAAUGCUUCAAAAUUCAGCGUAGACUAAUUAUGACUCGGCACACCAAAUUUCUUGCACCUAUGUUGUACUUCUAACAUACCACUGGGCUGGGCUUCAGUAUCAAGCUUUAAGGUACCAAAGAGCUCCUGCUAGCUUAACUUAACAAACCGGUCGGGAUUUAUCAACUGGCGACUGCUUACCGUAACUAUACACUUAACAUUACUUCUAACAUUUGGAAGUACUGCGGGGACAUGGGUUCUUCGGGCGCGUGGUUUACGAGUUACGCGAGAUGAUCUAUUUAUUUUAACCAUAUUUUACAGCGCACUUAAGCAUUGAUGUGUUGCAUGUGAUGAUUGGUCAGCGACGAUCGACAGUGUGCCUGCACAACUGGUCCCAAGAAAUGUUAAGCCUUUUAUCUUGCGUACCAGAUUGGACUGUGAAGCGUUGAAUAAAUCCCGACUUUGAAAACCCGUGGAAAUGCGUUAAAUGAGUUUUAAUAAAGGGUUUCGGAUCGAUCCUAACAAAGAGCGGAACUUUAAUUUGAAUAAUGUGAAUAAAACGGAAUUCUGUAACACCAUGAA